GCUGCUUCCUUGAAGGGUGUGUCCAUUGAGAUUGUGCCCAUCAGCAGAAAAUUGCAGCAAGCUAGGCAAGGCUGUAAUGAGCCUAAUGAGAACCUGAGGAGAAAUUAGACUGGGCUCAGGCUUUCAGCUUCUUGCAGAAGAGAUCUAAAAAGCUGUACUGGUGGUAUUUGAGGCAGAGGACCCCUCAGGAAAAGGUCUUGGGUUUUCUAACUCCAGGGAAGAGGGGCAAGAUGUGCUAGCCACUCAAAUAUGUUUUCUAUCUGGGGAAAAAAGAUGUGAAGAUAACAUCUUUGUGGGAGCCUGAAGCGUGCACUGCAGGAAAAAUGACAUCCAUGACUGUUGGUGAUGAUGUGCCAUCUCUUUGGGUUUGAUGUGGACAGGGCAGCAUUCCUUAAAGCACCAUAAACCGGCCAGGACCAAUAAUGGCUUUAGAAACCAAGUGGAGAAGUUCUCACAAUUAAGGUGGGGAAUGAGGACAGCUACGGACAGGCACAUAAAUACACAGAAAGGCAGCUCUGUGUGCACACUGUGGGCUCUGGGACUGACACAACACCUCCUGCUCCAUCCUUGGCUUGGACUAAAGAGCUUCCUGCAGCAUGAGGGCUACAGGUGCCUUGGUGCUUCUCAGCCUGCUGCUGCUCUCUUUCUUCUUGGUUCCAGAUGUAGCAGGUCAGGAGAUUGAAGAGAUCUGUAGAGAGUUCCUGAACAGAAGCGUGUACUGCACGAGGGAGUCCAACCCUCACUGCGGCACGGACGGCGUCACCUAUGGGAACAAGUGUGCCUUCUGCAAGGCAGUGCUGAGAAGUGGAGGGAAAAUAAGAUUGAAGCACCUGGGGAAAUGCUGAGUCCUCCCUGGCCCGAGCAGCAGGAGCUGAGCCGCCCUAGGCCGCGUACAGGAGCAGCCCGUCCUCCCUCUGCUGUCUCUGCUCAAUAAAAUAACACUCAGCACCAUUCUUGGCUGGACUCUUUCUUCCAUAAGACCCAGAAGAACGCUUUGAUCCAGCCAUGCUGGAGCUUGAUGCUGGCUUUGCUCUCCUGUGCUGUUGCAUCACCUCCUCCUGGGAAGGAAGGCGAUUCCCACGGCUCGUGGGCUGUGCCCUCCUGCCCCUACCAGCCACAGCUCCUCUGUCCCGUCCUGCCUGGCAAACUGGCACAUUCUGGGCAGCCAGAAACUGCUCCUGCCUGACUCUGCCCAUGCCAGGGGGUGGGUGACAGCAGGCU